AUGUUUACAAUAACAGAUGAUAUCAUUGAUAAUACAACCAAGAUCUUAAUUGAAGAGUCCAAGGCAAUAACAAAAACUGCUGAAAGAUUAAAGUCCAAUGCAGAUACAAAAGAAGGAUACUAUCAAGCAAUUUACCUAAUGUUUAAAGCGCUGGACGUUGGAGGAAAGGUUGUAGUGACCGGUGUAGGCAAAUCAGGCAAGAUCGGUGAGAAGAUCGUAGCAACCAUGUUAUCAACCGGCACAAGUGCAACGUUCCUUCACCCUGUCGAAGCACUUCACGGGGAUCUCGGUGUUGUUCAGCCAAACGAUGUUGUCUUGGCCCUAUCCUUUUCUGGCAACACAGAGGAAUUGUUGAUGCUGUUACCCAGUUUAAAACAUCGAAAUAUACCCGUCAUUGGCCUUGGUGGCAACCCUAACAGUAAACUUGCAAAAGAGUGCGCAGCAUGGAUUGACGGCUACGUUCAAUCUGAAGCAGGCGGUUCUCUCCCUGCACCAACAUGCUCAACAACAGUGGCAUUGGCAUUAGGUGAUGCCAUUGCCCUAACAUUGGCUAAGCUUUGCGGGUUUACUACCGACGGUUUUGCGCUAAAUCAUCCAGGAGGGUCACUUGGUCGCCGUCUGUUACUCAAAGUGUCCGAUGUUUGUAUUGACCCUGUUAAAGUGGCCUGUGUAACCCCUGAAAGUUCGCUAAACAUUGUUAUCAUGGAAAUGACAAAGCACCCUCAAAGCUCGGGUGUUAUUGUCCUCGCAGAAGACGAAGAAGAAGAAGGAUUAUCAGAAGAGAUGAGUGACAGCUUUUACCCUUCGCCUCCACUAUCUGCUGCUUCCUCUGUUAUUGAAGAUAAUCGACCUAACAAGAUCGUUGGUAUUGUCACACAUGAUGAUAUCCACAGAAUUUUGAAGUCUAAAGAAUCCAGAAAUGAUAUAUUUGAUAUUUGUGCAGCAGAUAUCAUGACACCGAAUCCCCUUGUCUUUAGUGAAGAUGCUCUUGCCUCUGAAGCCUACACAUAUAUGCUCAAACAUAAUAUACCACUUUUACCUAUUGUUAGUAAAUCUAAUGGCUGGACUGGGAUCGUCACAUUGAAGGAUCUACAAGAACUAUUCUAG